UGCUAUCCUGAACAUCCUGCAUGACUUAAUUUAUUGCUGCUAUAAUCAUAAAGCAUUUAUGUGUUGCUUAAGUGUUGACCAAGCUCCGUGAGAAAGAAGGAAAGCCUUCCAGUUCGCUCUGCACCUGUCUAGCAAAAGUUCCUUUCUCCACUUACUUCUAACUGAAUAUCACCAGGUGGACAAAUUACCUGUAACACCAGUCUUGUAACUUAGGAAAUCUCUUGAAUGAAUAACAAGCAGUUUUAACUCAUUCAUGACAUGGAAAACAACCAUCAGCUGGAGGAAAAAGUUCCAUUGAUCACCACACCAGUGCAGAAGAUCAACUUUCUGGUGAAGUCAGACAAUGUUAUGAAUGGGGCAGAACCAGAGACAGAAAUGAGUAAAAAGGAAGCUGCACCUUCAACCAUGAUUGCCAGAUUAAAGUAUGUUUCCUUAGUUGUUUUGGUCUUCCAGACAACCACCUUGGUAUUAACUAUGCGUUAUUCGCGAACGUUGAAAGAGGAUGGACCCCGCUACUUGGCAUCUUCUGCAGUUGUUGUUGCUGAAGUGAUGAAGUCUGCAGCUUGCAUUCUGUUGGUCUUCAAAGAUAGCAGUUACAAUUUAAGAGCCCUGAAUAGGGUUUUGCAGGAUGAAAUAAUAAAGAAACCAAUGGAAACAUUGAAACUUGCCAUUCCUUCAGGAAUCUAUACAUUACAGAAUAAUCUUCUUUAUAUUGCUUUGUCAAAUCUCGAUGCAGCUACAUAUCAGGUACCGUCUGCCCUUAAAGCAUUGACUGCGGCAUUAAUUUCGACCAACGUGCUAGGAGAUGGGAUUUGGUAAUUUCAGUGGAUAUUGCUUUAAGGCCUUAUCUCUGUACUCUGUCUCCUACAGUGGCCUGCAGACACUGCAGAUUCAGAAAAAAAAGAUUCACCAACUGGUUCACCGUUGGUAGGACUCUUGGCAGUUCUUACCGCAUGUGUUUCUAGUGGGUUUGCUGGAGUUUACUUCGAGAAGAUUUUGAAAGAAACGAAACAGUCAAUAUGGGUUAGAAACAUACAACUUGGGUGUUUUGGCACUUUAUUUGGCUUAAUGGCUGUUUUUAUAUACGACGGAGAACAUGUGAGGCAACAUGGAAUGCUUCAGGGCUUCAAUAAAAUUACUUGGAUAGUUGUGUCGCUUCAGGCUCUAGGAGGACUGGUGGUAGCAGUUGUUAUCAAAUAUGCAGACAAUAUCUUAAAAGGAUUUGCAGCCUCGUUGUCUAUAAUACUGUCAACUGUGAUAUCUUAUUUAUUGUUGCAGGAUUUUGUUCCAACCAGUUUAUUUUUCGUGGGAACAGUGUUUGUAUUAGUAGCUACUUUUCUUUAUGGAUAUGAUCCCAGACCCAAAGGAAUUGUUAUGAAGGCAUAAUGGAAUAAACUCACUCUCUGACUUUGCCCAGAAGUAAGGGUCUGGAAGAAAAUGAACAAGAAAUUAUAUUUUGCUGCCAUCUAGUGUCUGGGCUUCAUAAGCUACAUUUAGCCAGUGUUUCUGACUGACCAGAAAUGUGACCAAGUAUGGUUGAAAAAAUGUUUUGAAUGGAUUUUGUACAUUUAAAUCAGUACUGUACUUGGCAGCAGAGCUGUUUUAUUUUGUUGAGUGGACUGAUGCAUUAACAAGUGCCAUCUUUAAAAGCGAACACUGUAUUCAGUACAAUUUUUCUUGUUUUAUAAAGCGAAAAUAUUGCAAUGAAGCAAAUUGGUUAAGUUUCUAAAUCUAGUACUGUUUAGUUAAAAUAUAUUUAUAUGAAAACAUAUAUGAUCUAUAAUUAUGAUUUGAAACAUUGUUUAUAAAAUAAUCUAAUAAUAAUAGUAGAAAUUUGUUGAACGAAGCAGUAAUUUUUAGAUGUUUAUUCCAUGUCAUAGUUCUUUUGUUUUUAGAUAAUACUGAAUUUCCCCCUCUUUUAUAUGAUCUUUUAUUAGGUAUAUUGCCAUUUUUGAAAACUGUGCAAAUUUACUUACAGUAGUCCAUUAAACUCUGUGUUCUGCAAAUCCUAUCAAAUGUAUGUAGUGACAGAUCUCUAAUUCCAGAAUAUAGAUUUUUUUCUUUCAUUUCCAAUGCAAUGGAAGUGGUACCAACUGAACCAGUAAUUUUUAGCAGUAAUAUUAAUGAGUUCUAUGUUUACCUGAGCAUGAUUGCUGUAAGUACAAUUUGUUUACAGUUUAAUGUUCGGCUGUAACUAAUCUUUGUAUUCCUGAGAAAUCUAAAGGGAAAUUAGAGCUGUACUUUGGUUAGGGUAAUAUUGUGAAUGUAGUUUACUGUCUUUAGCAAACCUGAAGUGUAAAAACCCAUCUGCCUUUCACUUAAAAUCUUAGGAUGUGAACCUCCUCCAUGACUCUCACCACAUUAAUUAAUUAAAAG